AUGUCUUUAACUUUGAGCCCUUCUUCUUCAUCUGUAACCCCACAAAAAUCAAGCCUUGGUGGUCCAGCUUUAACUAGACCCUCAAAGAGCAACAAUUUUCUCAACGUGGGUGGUCGCAAAAAUGGCAAUGUGAGUUCAGGCCGGUUGGUAAUAUUUGCCAAAAAUGAAGCUAAUAACAGAGCCACCAUGGAGGCAGUGUUCGAGCCCUUUGAGGAGGUCAAGAAGGAGCUCCUUCUAGUCCCCACUGCCCCUCAUGCUUCGCUUGCUCGCCAAAAGUACUCUGACCAAUCUGAAGCUGCCAUCAAUGAGCAGAUCAAUGUGGAAUACAAUGUCUCCUAUGUGUACCACGCCAUGUAUGCCUACUUUGACAGAGACAACGUUGCUCUCAAGGGCCUUGCCAAGUUUUUCAAAGAAUCAAGUGAAGAAGAAAGGCAGCAUGCUGAAAUGCUUAUGGACUACCAGAACAAACGCGGAGGAAAAGUUAAGCUGCAGUCCAUGCUAAUGCCAUUCUCAGAGUUUGAUCAUGCUGAAAAGGGUGAGGCAUUGCAUGCAAUGGAGCUUGCGCUGGCCUUGGAAAAGUUGAACAAUGAGAAACUUCUAAAAUUACACAGAAUAGCCGAUGAAAACAAUGAUGUGCAUUUAGCGGAUUAUGUGGAAAGUGAGUUCUUGACUGAGCAGGUGGAAGCUAUAAAGAAAAUCUCAGAGUAUGUAGCUCAGUUGAGAAGGAUAGGCGCAGGACAUGGUGUUUGGCACUUUGAUCAGAUGCUCCUCAAUGAUAUUGCAUGA